AUGAGACAAGUAAAUACUUUUUGGUUAGAUCGUUGGGCUGCGUCGGAGCCUCUUAAAAUAUUGUUCCCGGAGUUAUUUAGGCUGGAGUCGGAGAAAAGAUGUCGAGUGGCGGAUCGGUUCAACCAAAUUGGCGGUGAUCAGCUUUAUAUGUGGAACUGGAAAGUGGAUAUUUCUGAUUCGGGGCUGUCAAACAGUAUCGUGCAGCUGGAGUCUCUCCUUAACAAGUUUCAGAUUGUGGGCGGCUGUGAUAAGUGGAAAUUGGCCUCAGAUUCGGCUGGUAUGUUAUCGGUUAAAGCAGUCAAAAAGCUUCUUCGUGCGGAUUCGCUGAGAAUAAGUGGAUACAAAAUGGAAUGGUGCAAAUGGAUUCCUCCCAAAAUUAACAUUCACGCGUGGAGAACGGAAUUAGAUAGUAUCGCUACGGGCGAAGCUUUGAGAAAAAGAAAUAUUCAGGUGGCCGAUUCUUUGUGUCGAUCGUGUGGUUCGGACGAAGAAACUGUCGAUCACUUUUUCAUUGGGUGUUUCGUCGCAACUAACGUUUGGAACGGCAUCAGCACCUGGUGUAGCAUUCCAAACAUCUUUGCCUUCUCGAUUAAGGAUUUGCUGGAAUUUCAUUCGAAUAUCCCCGGGUCGGUUAAAAAAAAGAUAGCGGUUCAAGGUAUUAUAAGGAUUGCAUGUUGGAGUAUAUGGAGGGCAAGAAAUAAUUUGGUGUUUUCAAAUAAACCUGUGAGAAUUGAUGGCAUUACUAGUGAGACCAAGGCGUCGAGCUUUCUGUGGUGGUCGAAUAGAUCAAAGUAUAAAGGAAUGGAGUGGAGGGAUUGGUAUGCUUUUGUAAAUAUGUAA